UAGCAGCGGCGACGAACAGCCAGGAAAUGGAAAUCCAUCCUUCCAUCCCUUUUCUGAGCCGCUUCUCCUCACGCGGGUCGCGGGCGUGCCUAUCCCAGCUAUCGUCGGCAGGAGACAUGCCGGCUAAACUGCUGCUGCCCAUCGCGGUGCUCUCCGCUCUGGUGCUCUGCAUCCCCACCGAGGCGUGGUACAAGCAGGCGGCCGGUCCAAGCUACCACUCGGUGGGCAGGGCGUCCGGCUUGCUGUCGGGUAUCCGGGGGUCACCAUACGUCCGGAGAGGAGUUGACGCGGAGCCGUCACAAAGUUUGUUUCCUGCAACGGAAGCGCUGCGUUUUAGCCUGAAGACAAUGCCCACCUGUAUAAAACACAUUGCACCAAACCCAUUGAGUUGUCAACUCUUCCCCGGCGACAAGACGACGUUCAAGUGCAAAGCGGACGUUUUCCUCACUCUGGACUUGGCAGACUGUGUGGAGGACUGAGCUGCUGAGCUCAGAUUUUCUGGCUCAAUUUUAUGCUUUAGAAAUGUAUUUGUGUGUGUACAUAUUUGUUUUAAUGAGUAAACUGUAUAAUCCAUGUUCUGUCUUAAAAGAAAAAUUCCCCCGAGCAGAAAUUUGGUUUACCAUCUUAAACUGUUGCCACUAUAAAACCUUAUAUUCCUAAAUUACAGCCAAAGCAAAAUCCUCUCGGACCCUCCCCACCCUGGUCACCAGCUCUUCCAGCUCCUUCCCUCAGGUAGGCGCUACCGAUCAAUGCAAACUAGAACUAGUAGACAUUCCAACAGCUUCUUCCCUCUUGCAAUCAACUUCUUGAACAGCUAACUUACAAUUCCAUUACAACAAGCUGGCAAUUUUUUGACUUGAGUUCGUUGUCACAUUUCUGUAUUAUGUAUUACUUGUGCACUCACUGUAGUUGUCUCGCCGUGCUGCACUAUUUGCAUAUAGUGGCCACUCAUGCCAGAGUAGUAUCUGCUCCAUUUGCACACUGAUUGAGGAGUAUCUGUAACAUUUGCACAACCAUUGUCCCAGAUUAUCGCAGUACUCGUCACUUUAAACCGCAUACACUCCUUGAAGUCUCAGUGCCCUUUGCACAAUGGUCAUUGCACCGGACUAUUGCGAUAUUAGCCAUUCGAACUGAGGACUCUGCAUCUUUUUGCACAAUUGUUGUUUGUUGUUGUUUUCUGUUAAUGUCUUUAUGUCUCCAAAGUGUUCUGUAAAUUGACUGUCUGUUGUACUAGAGCGGCUCCAACUACCGGAGACAAAUUCCUUGUGUGUUUUGGACAUACUUG